AUGAAUCUAAAGACCCUGUGGAAUUCUGUGCGACAGUAUCAGCAACCACGGUGUCUCUUCCGCGGACAAUAUGCAUCAACUCGCCUCUUGCGGCGUGAAGCUGGCUCCGGCCUUACUCCGGUGUUGAAGACUCAAGUACGAAACUCAUCUACCGCCGCUCCUGACGCCUUGAAAUCUCCGGAACAAGUCAAGGUCACUCUACCAGUAUGCUGUCCAGGAUGCGGCGCGUACUCGCAAACCGUCGAGCCGAACGAGCCUGGAUACUAUGGCAAAUUUCGAAAGCAAACACGGAAGCUCUUGUCAGAAGCGCAAAAGGAAUCAUUGGAGGAACCUGCGACGCAGGACGCGGCAUUCACCGUACAACAAGCUGUUGACAACCCGGAGCCUGCUCCUAGGCUACGCCAAAAGGCCGUGAUCGAAGAUGCGGCGGACACCGUUAGCCAGUACCUCGAGAAAUCGCAAUCACCGGUGCAAGUUUGCGACAGAUGCCACGACCUUCUACAUCACAAUAAGGCGGUAUCCGCAGUAUCGCCUACAAUACACUCCAUUGGAGCAUAUCUUGACGAAUCACCGCAUAAGCGGAACCGAAUUUAUCACAUUAUCGAUGCCGCAGAUUUCCCUAUGUCGGUCGUCAACGGUAUAUAUAAAGAUCUUGAGCUCCAAGAGCAGCGCUCCCGGAAUCGACGAUCUGCAACGUAUAAAUACAAGCAUGGGAAGCAGCUAACAACGAUCUCGUUCGUUAUCACUCGCUCAGACCUUCUAGGCCCCACAAAGGAGCUGGUUGAUUCGAAGAUGGAAUACGUUCGGUCAGUCCUUCGUGAGAAGUUGAACAUCUCAUCGGAGGAAUACCGCAUGGGCAACGUGCAUAUGAUCAGCGCUCACCGAGGCUGGUGGACCAAGAAAGUCAAGGAGGAGAUGAGCGAGCAUGGAGGUGGUCUUUGGAUCGUGGGAAAGGCCAAUGCUGGAAAGAGCAGCUUUGUGCAGGCGUGUAUUCCAAAGGACUCACGGAAUCUGGAAAAGUUGGCGGAGCUCAUUGCACGCCGCGGUGAGGCGUCAACUGCUCCUAGCCUAAAUGAGCAGCCUGAUUUCGAUUCUGAUAAUCUGCUUCCGCCUGCUCCGAAGGAGGAUCUCUAUCCUGUUCUUCCGGUUGUGUCGUCCCUACCUGGAACCACAGUUUCACCUAUUCGGAUUCCCUUCGGCCGCGGUAAAGGUGAAAUCAUUGACCUCCCGGGGCUUGACCGCGGCGACCUAGCCGACUACGUUCUGGCUGAAUACAAGCGAGACCUCAUUAUGACCAAGCGCGGAAAGCCUGAGAGACAUACUAUCAAGCCCGGACAGUCCUUGCUUAUUGGUGGCGGCCUUGUACGCAUUUCACCUCUGGAUCCUGAAACUAUUUUCAUGGCUUCGGCCUUCAUUCCCAUCGAAACUCACUUGACGAGGACAGAUAAGGCCGUAGAGAUGCAGGCUCAGGAACGCUCAUAUCCUGGAACUAAUAUCGUCAAGGAGGGCACAGGAAAACUGAUCAAAUCCGCCGGAACUUUCGACCUAAAGUGGGACGUGACCCGCUCACACCUCCCGACAUCCAUCGCAAAAGCCGUGGCAGACCAUGGGAUCAAACCUCCUUCCUUGCCGUACAAGGUGAUGUCCGUCGAUAUCCUGAUUGAAGGAUGCGGCUGGGUUGAAUUGACUGCUCAGAUUCGCGCAAAGCAGCAGGGUGGUGAGGGUGAAGAGGGUGCGCCGUCCUUCCCACAGGUUGAAGUGUUCUCUCCUGAGGGCAAGCAUGUUGAAGCACGGCGGCCCAUCCAGAGCUGGGAAUUCCAUGCGAAGAAGGCGGCGGCCAAGAAACGAGAAACCGGUGCUCGCGGUCGUCGGAACGUUGGACACAUGAAGCGGAAGCAGACAGCUUAG